UGUUACAGUAAAAGAAGAGGAGGGAGAGAAAGAGGAGGAUGGGGAGAUGACUGUCACAUCGAAAAAGGAGGAGGAAGAAGACGAGGAAACUGGAUAUCUGGGCCCGGUUUCCCAAAGUCAUCUUAAGGCAUCCAAUGGUUUUAACGAUGAACUCAACCGUAAAAUGUGUUUGAAAAACCCUUCCCCGAUUAACACUAGAGAGAGACGUGACUCUUGUGGAUCCUCUGGGGAGCCUCAACAACAUCAUGAAGCUGACGAGGCAGAGAAGAGUCUCUCCACAUCAGAACACCUCAAAAAACACCAGCGGAGACCCACAGGGAAGAAACCUCACCACUGCUCUGACUUUAGAAAGAGUUACUCAAGAUCAUAUUCACUAAAAGUACACCAGAGAAUUCACACAGGAGAGAGAACAUAUCGCUGUAAUCAAUGUGGAAAGAGGUUUGCUCACUUAAAAACACUGGUAGUACACCUGAGAAUACACACUGGGGAGAAAUGUCACAGCUGCUCUGAUUGUGGGAAGAGAUGCACCUCUUUAGUUGCCCUUAAAAUACACCAGAGAAUCCAUACAGGAGAGAAACCUUAUAGCUGCUCUGACUGUGGGAGGAGAUUUCUUUUGUCAGCCCAUUUAAAAGCGCACCAGAGAAUACAUACAGGAGAGAAACCUUAUAGCUGUGACCAAUGUGGGAAGACUUUUACUCAGUCAAACAACCUGAUAUCACACCAGAGAACGCACACAGGAGAGAAGCCUUACCACUGCUCUGACUGUGGUAAGAGUUUCUCCAGAACAGAUACACUAAAAGUACACCAGAGAAUCCAUACAGGAGAGAAACCUUAUUGCUGCUCUGACUGUGGGAGGAGAUUUCUUUGGUCAGGACAUUUAAAAUCACACCAGAGAAGACACACGGGAGAGAAACCUUAUAGCUGUGAUCAAUGUGGGAAGACUUUUACUCAGUCAAGCAACCUGAUAGCACACCGGAGAACACACACAAGAGAGAAAUAUCACAGCUGCUCUGAUUGUGGGAAGAGAUGUACCUCUUUAGUAACACUUAAAAUACAUGAGAGAAUCCAUACAGGUGCGAAAUGUUAUAGCUGUGACCAAUGUGGGAAGACUUUUACUCAGUCAAACAACCUGAUAUCACACCAGAGAACACAUACAGGGGAGAAGCCUUACCACUGCUCUGACUGCGGUAAGAGUUUCUCCAGAUCAGAUUCUCUAAAAAGACACCAGAGAACACACACAGGCGAGAAAUCUCAUAGCUGUGAACAAUGUGACAAGAGAUACUCUGAUAAAAGAUCUCUGAUUAAACAUCAGAAAGUACAUACAUGAAGGAUUUGUUUUAUGAUAUCAAUGAAAUGAUGUCACAAUAUAGAAUGUUUCAACAUUGUAGUAGGAGAAUUCUAAUGAUGUCACAAUGUACAAUGUUUUAACAUUGUAGUAGGAGUAUUCUAAUGAUGUCACAAUGUAGAAUGUUUUAACAUUGUAAUAGGAGUAUUCUAAUGAUGCCAUAAUGUAGAUAUGACAUAUAUGAUAUCAAUGUAAUAAUAAUGAGUAUUUUAAUGAUCUAUUUAUUUUCAGUGUAACAUGGAUAUUAUAUAGCCUGAUAGCCUCAUCAGGGGAAAAAUUCAGGUUCUGAAUUGAAAGAUUACUAUCUAACAAAAAAAGUGUUGCGUUUCCACUUACCGCAUUGGUGACCUACUUGAAUUAAAAUGCAACACAUCAAAAUGUAGCUGUUUGUUCCUAAUUGUUGUUUAACCGGUGAUGUACAUAUUAUUCCCAGAUUCCUUGUGGUUUUUGAUCUGUUAGUUUUAACAGG